AUGCACACAACCUUGUCUUGGAGGGUACUCACUCUAAAGCAAGGCUCUGGUCUAUCAGAGAGUCUGGUCUAUCAGAGGCUCCUAGAGAGGAGAGGAACUGCUGGGGCUUCGGGGAAAAAAUCUCUCACAGGGAACUCUCUUCCAGGGCUGAGCCUGGGCCCCAGGACCAGCGUGCAGUCAGGCACCAUCCCCAAACUCACCCUCUGGGCUGAGCCAGGCUCUGUGGUAGCCUGGUUCAGCCCCAUGGCCCUCUGGUGUCAGGGCCCACUGGAGACUGUGAAGUACCGUCUGGAUAAGGACGGAAUCCCAUGGCACAGACAGAACCCACUGGAGCCCGGAGCCAAGGCCAAGUUCCACAAUCCAUCCAUGGGAUUUCACGCUGCAGGGCAAUACCGCUGCCACUAUGAGACCCCUGCAGGCUGGUCAGAGCCCAGUGACCCCGUGGAGCUGGUGGUGACAGGAUUGUAUGCAGAACCCACCCUCUCAGCCCUGCCCAGCCCUGUGGUGGCCUCAGGAGGGAACACGACCCUCCAGUGUGACACACGGAACGGAUUUCUCAUGUUUGUUCUUGUUGAGGAAGGAAAACAGAAGCUCCCCAAAGGGCUGUCCCAGGCCCUGUUCCCUGUGGGCCCUGUGACCCCCAGCCACAGGUGGAGGUUCAGAUGAUAUUACCAUUUCUGGAAAAAACCUCAUGUGUGGUCGAACCCCAGUGAUCUCCUGGAGAUUCUGGUCCCAGGUGAAAAAGCCAGCACGCUUCUUUAUACAAUUGAGAGGAGCGAGAUAGGCUGUGGGAGUCUGGUUGAUGACUGAUCAUGGCCAGGACCCCAGAAGGAUGUGUUGAGGGCUGGGCUGACGGUGUGAGGAGGACCCCAUGCGGAGGCUCUGAUAGGGAAAGAGGAGCCUCAGUCACCACACCUGGACGGGGUCAACUCAAGAAGGCACUGGGUGUAUUUGCUGCAAUUUCCUGUCCCUUGAUGAGAUGAGGACAGACCAGAAAGAGUGGCCAAGAGUCAGGGAGACCUUGGUCUGGAACCUCUCCAGGACAGCCCGGGCGUGUCUAGGAGGCCGGCCCUCCUGACCCCACAGGGCCCUAUCGUGGCCCAUGGAGGCAGCCUGACCCUGCAGUGUCGCUCUGAUGUUGACUACGACAGAUUUGCUCUGUACAAGGCCCAGGGAGUUCACCUCCUCCAGGGCUCUGGCCAGAAGUUCCAGGUUGGGCUCUCCCAGGCCAACUUCACCCUCAGCCCGGUGAGCUGCUCCCACAGGGGCCAGUACAGAUGCUCCGGUGCCCACAACCUCUCCUCCGAGUGGUUGGCCCCCAGUGACCCCCUGGACAUCCUGAUCGCAGGACAGAUCCCUGAGAGACCCUCCCUCUCAGUGCAGCCGGGCCCCAGGGUGGCCUCAGGAGAGAAGGUGACCCUGCCGUGUCAGUCAUGGCACCAUGUGGACACUCUUUUUGACCAAGGAGGGGGCAGCCCAUCCCACCCGGCGUCUAAAGUCAAAGUACCAAUCUUAUAGGAACCAGGCUGAAUUCCCC